UGGAAACCCUAGUACGAGACUUCGAUCGGAUCUACCAGGGAUACAAUGAUGCACUUUUGGAGAUUCAGUCAUUGAAGAUGAGUUGUAAUUGUGAAGUCAUGAAACGCGAAGCUCUUGAAGCCACUUGCAAUGAUUUUAAAGCAGGUCGAGUAUGUCAUUAACACAGUACCACUUUGCAAAUUCACAUGUUACUCCAGUAGGAACAAAUAAAUGCUUUUGGUUGCAAACUUUAAAUGUUAAGUUUCCUUCAUGAUACUAGAUUGUGCUAAAUACUGGCAUUGACUUUACCCGAGCCAUUUUAUAUUUCAGAUAUGAUUUUAAACAAUAUUUAUAUUAAUAUAUUUACUUCACUUGCGCUACUUAAUAAAUGCAUUUGAUUUUUACUAAUUUGAUAGGAAAAAGUGGCAACUUUAGAUUUUAAGAUUCCCUCAUCAUCCUAGAUCUGGUUAAAUACUGGCAUUGACUCUACCCAUGCCACUUUGUAUUUCAUAUGAUUUUUAACAAUAUUCAUGUUGAUAUAUAGCAGCUAUCAUUUUGCUUAUUGCUACAAAUUUUGGAAAUUUGUUAAGAUGGCUUAGGUGCAAUUUUAAGAGAAAGCUCUUUAUACUAUUUUUAUAUGCUGGCCAAUACCAUGUCGAUAUUGACGUGACAGCAUCUGGGGCUCCAUGCCUUGCCACUGAUUUGAUUCCAGUUGUAAAUUGUUUGUGUACAAUAUAUUAUCCAUGUAGUAGACACUCAUAUAAUCAUAGAUGCAAAAAGUAUUUGCUGCACUCAGCUGUGCUAUUUUACAGGUUUGAUGCUACUUGUAGUGGUGUCCGCAAUAUAUUAUCCAUGCACUUAUAUUGUUACCUCUAUCAACAAUAUAUAAAACUUGUUUGCUGCACUUAAAUCUAGUGUUUGUUUUCAAUACUUUCCCAUAAUAAUGCAAAGUGAUUGCUGUAUGCCAAGAUGCUUUUGUUAUAUAAGAAUUAGCUGUGCAUUUGGAGACCAUCUAGAUGUAGUUUUCUCAAGUAGGGUUUUUUUUAUCCUGUACGCCUACUAUUUGGUGCUAAGAUCCUCUGGCAAAGCAUGGCAAUGUUUAAUAUAUUUUAUGAGAUGGACAGAAAAUGAAAAGUUAAGAAGGUCACAUCAUGAAUCUUGGAGCAAAUUUGUUGAUGAGAUGACAUAUCACGCAAAAUGCCAAAGGUUAACCGAGGAAAUUAGAGAAGCAAAUAUCAAACUGCUCAGCCUAGGAGCUGAACAUGAAAAAAUGAUUGACAUGGUUAAACAAGAGUGCAACCAGAAAAUUCACGAUCUGGAGAAGCAAGUCAGCUGCUCACUUGAUAAGCAAGCUUCAGAUCAAGUUUUGAUAAAUCAGUUUCAACGAGAAUUGGUCACGCAUGAAACACAUAUAGACAUACUGACCGGCAAUCUGGAAAUGGUUACCUCUGAUUUGCAAUCUAAAUAUGAUGCUGAGAUCCUGGAAUUAAAAUCUCAGCUUCUGGCUGAACAGAAUGUGAAAAAUGAUCUGCAAGUAAAGCUGCAGAAUACAGAGAAUGAAUUGCAAAUUAUGAAGCAGAAGCAAGAGAAGCAACAGAGAGAUUCCAUCUCGCUUCAUCACGUGGAAACAUUGAAGCAGAAAAUCAUGAGACUAAGAAAGGAAAAUGAGUCGCUGAAGAGGCAAGUUGCGGCCUUGAACGACCAUCACAUAUAAUCAUCCCAUCAGGACGGCACAAUGCCACAGCAGGUCCUAGAACUACCUUCCCACUCUCUUCUACACAAGAUCCUAAUCGAACUUGUUAUAAUAUGAAACUACGGUUCCAUCUCCAUCUGCCAAAAAUCUUGGUUUCUCUCAUUCGAUGUGCCGGCCGGCCCUGAAGGUUUAUAUCAUUGCCAUCGCAAGCAGAGGCUAAAGUCUAACUGAACCAUUACUUGUGGCAAACUAAUAUUAUAAUUGCCUGUAAUCUUGAAUUUCAA